UUUGUUAAUUUUAUGAUUCUUUUUAAAGAAAUUGGAAGAGUUAGAAAAGGAAGAAGAGUUAAGAACGGCUGCUGGGGAGUAUGACAGCGACUCUGAAAGUGAAGAUGAGGAAAUGAUGGAAAUCCGACAGCUGGCAAAACAAAUUAGAGAAAAGAAGAAGUUGAAAAUUCUACAGUCCAAAGAAAAGAAUACACAAGGACCCAGGAUGCCCCGAACAGCUAAGAAGGUUCAACGGGCAGACUUGGAGAAUGAGAUGCGUAGUCUUGGUGUUGACAUGGAUGAUAAAGAUAAUGCCCACUAUGCAGUCCAGGCGAGAAGGUCUCGGAGUGUCACUAGGAAAAGGAAACGAGAAGAGUCGGUUCCACCCUCCUCUAUAGCCCGGAGUCGGAGUUGCUCUCGAACUCCACGUGAUGUCUCUGGUCUUCGGGAUGGCACGAUGGUGAAGAAAGCCAAGACUAUGAUGAAGAAAGCCCAGAAGAAGAUGAAUCGCUUGGGGAAGAAAGGGAAGCAGAUAGGCAUGUGUUUGAUAUGAAGCCCAAGCACCUACUCUCUGGAAGAGGAAAGCUGGUAAAAAGGACAGGAGAUAGUGUCCUCUUCAGUUGGAGUGCUUUGGCUGGACUCUUGCUGUUUAUUUCUGGGUAUGGUGUGGUGUGCUUUAUACAGUUUGGAAUCACCAUCUAUUAACUGAAAGAGAAACAAUGAAAAUGACUUAACGAUGCUUGUUGCUUUGCUGAAAACUGGUAAACCUGAUUAGGUGUGCGGUGUUCCUUUUUACUGCAUAAUACAAAUGUCUAAGUACACAGCAUGCUGGUCUCCCCCGCCCCCCAGACAGGGUUUCUCUGUGUAGCUUUGGAGCCUGUCCUGGAACUCACUUUGUAGACCAGGCU